AUGGAAAGACUCGACCUAGCCACCUACAGCAAGGAGAUCAAGCAGUACUACGACAAUCUCAUCUCCGGUGAGCUGUCCUACGUCAUUUACACCACCCAGAAAGACUCGUCUCUCAAGCCGACCGUCCAGGGCGACGGAGACAUCAACGAAUUCGUGACCGAGUUUGAGGAAGGCGCAGUCCAAUUCGGUUACAUUCGUGUCACUCCGUACGGUUCUGACGUCCAGAAGAUUCUGCUUGUCGGCUGGUGUCCAGACUCUGCCCCCUUGAAGAGCAAGGUCUCGUUCUCGAAUAACGUCGCCGAAGUCGGCAGGAUCUUGCACUACCACGUCCAGGUGACUGCGAGAGACCCAGAUGACCUGGACGUGGACGACCUGCUCAAAACAGUGAGCAAUGCGUCCGGUGCUAGGUAUUCCAUCCAGUCGCUGCCACAGUCCUCUGCUCCUAGAACCACCAAGCCUGCCCCAAAGCCUGUCCCGAAGGCUGCCAAAACGGAAGAACCAGCUCCUCCCAAACCCGCUAGAAUGAAUCCGCCUAAACCUGCUACAGCCCCUGCUCCAGCUAAGCCUGCCGAACAGGACGAUGAAUGGGGCGGAGAAGAAGAAAUACAAGAGAGAGACUUCAGCAAAAAGCCACUGGAGACCCUUCCUUCCGCAUACAAACCAACAAAGGUCGACAUUGAGGCCUUGAGAAACGGUCCGUCACAAACGACCAGCUCGCAGCCUGCCACCGUGUCGUUGAGUCUCGGAGACGGUCGCCUGUCUUCCCUGCCAAAACCAAAAGUGACAAACUCUGUCGCUUCCAAAUUCCAGGAAGUUGUCCAGCCUUCGUUCGGCUCCAAACCUUCCUUUGGCGCUCCCCCAAAGAGGGAAGACCAUGUCUCUUCUGGCCUGAACCGCAAUUUUGGAGCCACCAACGGUAAGACCCCUGCACAGCUCUGGGCUGAGAAGAAAGGGCAGUACAAGGAUGUGGAGACCGAUUCGAAGCCCGUGAAUGCUGAGUCUGAAGAAGAGACUAAUGUGCAUGUCGACGAUGUCAGGGCCAAGCUGGAGGCCCUGAAAACCGAGGAGGAGCCAAGGCAAGCAUUUCCUCCUCCGCCGGUGAGAUCCUCGUUCCCACCUCCUCCAGUCAGAGCUGUUCCGAAGGAGGAAAAAGAGGAAGAAGAAGAGAAGGAGAGUGAGCCAGAAGAGGAGAAAGAGUCCCAAGUCGCUCCUGAACCUGCUCCUGCCCCUCCUACCGCACCACGGCCGGCUCCUGCUGCUCCGUCAGCAGCUCCAACGGCCGUUGCAGAGUACGACUACGAGCCAGCUGAGGAUAACGAGAUCGGCUUUGCAGAGGGUGAAGUUAUCGUGGACAUCAAGUUUGUCGACGAAGACUGGUGGCUCGGAACCAACGCUGCUGGCAAAACCGGUCUUUUCCCUGCCACAUAUGUUGUCUUGAACGAGAAAAACCACGACGAAGAAUCAGCUGUCGAAGAGGCUCCAGAACCAGAACCAGAACCACAAACUUCCAAAGGGCUAACUGCUGUGGCAGAGUACGACUACGAUGCUACUGAGGAUAACGAAAUCAGUUUCAAAGAGCAGGAUGUCAUCACAGAAAUUGAACAGGUCGACGAAGAUUGGUGGCUGGGAUCCUGCAACGGCAAGAGAGGAUUAUUCCCUGCCAACUACGUUAAGCUACAAUAA